AUGUCAGCCACAGCUGAUGGUGUAUUUUUUGCCGAUUUUGGUCCUCCGCCAUUAGAAGGACCACCUCCCGAAGGUUUUCAUGAAAUCGAAUUGAACAAAACUAAAUGGGUUAUACCACAUUGGUAUGGAAAUUUGAGGCCGCUUGGUGAAGGAGCAUACGGUGUUGUUUGGUGAGCUAUUUUUUUUUUGAAAAUGAAAAAAAAAACAUUGUUUAUGUUUCACGUUAAAUUCAUAAUUUUUCAAACGUGAGUUUUUGAACCUCAUUUCUGAUUUUUAGCACUGCUGAAUAUGAACCAACUGGAGAUCGGGUUGCAAUCAAAAAAUUCUUCCGUCCAUUUCAAAGUACAAUUCACGCAAAAAGAACUUAUCGAGAAUUGAAACUUUUGCGCACUUUGCAACAUGAAAAUGUUUUGGAAAUGAUUGAUGUUUUCACUCCGGAUCAAGAUGUUAAUUUAUUAAACAAUGUGUAAGUUUUUUUUUUGGUGAAACAACUUAUCGAAAACCCAUGUGGAUUUUCGUUAUUCACCAUAAUUUUAUUCCAGAUAUUUUGUGUCAGUUUUAAUGGGUUCCGAUCUUCAAAAUAUUCUCAAAAUUCAACGCUUAGGCGAUGAACAAAUUCAAUUAUUGAUUUAUCAAGUUUUGCGAGGUUUGAAGGUUGGUUGAUAAGAAAAAAAUAAAUGAAGAAAAAUAACAACAAAAAUUUUAUACUUGUGUGUAUUUUAUCGAUUUUUUUCCAAUGAAUUGAGAAAAUUCGUCAUUUUUAUUAAAUAGUUGCAAUUUAGUUGUAAGAGAGAACCAGUUUUUUUCAGUAUAUUCAUUCGGCUGGAAUUAUCCAUCGAGAUUUGAAGCCAAGUAAUAUUGCUGUUAAUGAAAAAUGUGAAGUGAAGGUUAGUAGUAACUGCUAGAUGUUUUUUUGAAAAAUAAAUUUUCUUUAGAUUUUGGAUUUCGGACUUGCACGAGCUGCUGAUUCUGAAAUGACAGGAUACGUGGCAACACGUUGGUAUCGUGCACCUGAAAUUAUGCUAAAUUGGAUGCAUUAUACACAAACUGUUGAUGUUUGGAGUGUUGGUUGUAUUUUGGCUGAAUUGGUUUCAGGAAGAGCACUUUUUCCAGGAGAUGAUCGUAAGUUUAUAAAAAAAACAUUAUUCCUUGAGGAAUAUGAUAUUUCUAGACAAUUUUAUAUUUCAUAAAAUCCGUCUUAUCCUCACCCUCAAAUUUAAGCUUAAAAAAAUAAUCUUCUCAUUUUUUGCAGACAUCGAUCAAUUGACCCGAAUAAUGUCAAUUGUCGGAACACCAAACGAAGAUUUUUGGUCAAAAAUUCAAUCAGAAGAAGCUCGAAAUUAUAUUAAAAAUCGAUCACCAAUGCCAAGACAAGAUUUCAAUAUGUUAUUCCCGUUAGCCUCUCCAUUUGCAAUUGAUUUAUUAGAAAGAAUGUUGGUUUUGGACCCGGAAAAGCGAAUAUCUGUGGAUGAAGGAUUGAAACAUGAAUAUGUUCGAGAAUAUUAUGCACCAAAUGAUGAACCGGUGGCUGAUCAACAGGUAACAAAACUUUGAAAACAACUCGUUUGGGGGAAAAUUAUAAAUUCUCAAAAAAAUUAAAUUUUUUAUUCUCGCGUGACCUUUUUCAUCAUCUUUUGAAAUUUAUUUUCCAAAUUUUUUAUGAAUACAAUAUUUUUUGGAAUUACACGAGAUUGAUCUCAAAAUCUUAUUCAAUUUUUGAUCAUCAAUUUCUUAUCUUCAAAAAAACCCCUUCAACAGGAAAUGACGUUUUUUCAAUCGAAAAGCGUCUUUUCAUUUUUCAAUUAACCAAAAAUUUGUUAUUUUCCUUUCUUUUUUUGCCCAAAGAAUGCUACAAUUUUUUGCACAUUUUCUCGGAAUUUAUUUUUUCUUUUCUUGUAUAGUAGAAUACACAAGAUAAUAUUACUUUUUAGUUGGUUUUCUUUUUUUAUUAUAAUAAUCCUAUUGUUUGUCCAAUUUAUGAUAUGAGAUAAGAAAAAAUAUACAGGAGCAAAGUACAUUAUUUGAAAUUUCUAUAAUUGUAUUUUUCAGGUCCAAAUUGAUCCGGCUGAAGAAAAUGCGACAACAUUAGCUGAUUGGCGCGAAUUAAUUUGGAACGAAAUUCGACUUUUCCAAUGUUCUGCGCGUCGUUUGAGUUUUGUUAGUUUACACGAUGAGUCUUAA